UGAUUUGUUUUGGUGAAGGUUUUGAGGUAAAGAAAAUUUUACUUUGAAAUCAAAACGACGAAUAUAUAUUGUCUUUCUCUGAUGAAUUAUAUUUCGUACUGAAGCAUUCUUGAGGUGAAUCGUGAUUAAUAAAUUACUGUGUUUAUUAUAGGUAGUUAGGUAUUGCAUUGAAGUAAAAUCACAGAACUCCAAAUAAAUAGUAAAAUAAUACACAGAGUACGUUGAUUGUAAAAUAGUGUUUAGUAUUUUGCAGCAGCUGAUUUACAUUGCUACACAUUAUCUAAAUAUUUAAAUAGGAUUUAAAAGUUUCGUGUUCAAUAAAGUUCUUAAAAAUGGACACUAUAUCAAACGUUCAUUUUAAUUAUUACUUUCUGAUCGGUGGUUUAUUUCUUGGUUACCUUGUUUAUCGUAUUAUACAUUCACUUUUGGGAGAUAAUACGUAUAUACAAACGAAAUAUAGAGUCCGGGGUCAUACUUGGAGAAGCAUUGAUUGUAAUAAAUCAAUACCAUACAACAUUUAUUGUACAGUUUGCAGCAAACUUAUGUUACCUCUAGUGGGCUUAUUCUGCGAAUGCUGUGCAGUGAGUGCAUGCAAAAAGUGUCAUCGCAUGAUUGAUAAGAAAUUUCGAUGCAAACAAAUAACAUGGCCGAUUGACAAGACCUUCCAUCAUCUUUGGGUUAAUGUGGGAACAGCUACCAAAGACCAUGUUGAUCAAAGUGAGGAUGCUGAGCAUUUAAAUAAAUAUUUUUGCUCCUGGUGCCAAAGAACUAGAGUCAGUCAAGAAAAUUUAAUAGAUAUUACUGAGCCAUGUGAUUUCCAAAAGUACAAAAAUAUUAUUAUUCCACCUACAAAUGUACUAGUUGAAAAAGGAAAAAUUGUAAAUAUUAAACCCCUACCCAAUGAUAACUGGGAGCCAUUGAUAAUUUUUGCUAAUAGAAAAUCUGGCAGUAAUAGAAGUGAUGAGGUUCUUUCAAUUUUCAGAGGUCUUCUUAAUCCUCUUCAGGUGAUUGACAUCAGUGCCACAUCGCCGGAGCGCGCCGUGCGCUGGCUGCCGAGCAGGUGUCGCGUGCUGGUCGCGGGCGGCGACGGAACUGUCGCGUGGGUCCUCAACGCGUUGCACUCCGCCCCACAUAUCAAGGCUUCAGUAGGCAUUUUGCCGAUGGGCACCGGCAACGAUCUGGCGCGAGCGCUGGGCUGGGGAGCGUCCUGUUCAGACCUCGAUGCACAUUCCAUUAUCACAUCGUUGAAGCAAGCAGAUGAACAAAUUUUAGACAGAUGGAAGAUCACCAUAAAGCCAAGACAAGGUCGGCUGGGGCGGCUGCGCAGUUCGCGCGUGCUGUACGCGUACAACUACGCGAGCAUCGGCGUGGACGCGCAGGUCGCGCUCGACUUCCACCGCGCGCGCUCGCAAUUCCUGUACCGGUACGCGAGCCGGUACCUCAACUACAUAGCGUAUGCCUUGCUGGGAGUGGGGCGCGCGCUAGACGACGGCGGCUGCGGCGGGCUGGAGCGGCGGCUGCGCGUGCAGGCGGGCACGCACGCGCUGCAGCUGCCGCCGCUGCAGGCGCUCGUAGCGCUCAACAUACCCUCGUGGGGCGCCGGCGUCGACCUCUGGAGUCUGGGCAGUGAAGAUGAGGUUGGAGAUCAGUACAUGGAUGAUGGCAAACUUGAGGUAGUUGGCAUUUCGUCGUCGUUCCACAUAGCGCGGCUGCAGUGCGGCCUGGCCCAGCCUUAUCGGUUCGCUCAAGCUUCUCAUGUGUGGAUUGAGCUGGACGGCUGCUGCGCGAUGCAAGUGGACGGCGAGCCGUGGAUGCAGGGCUCGGCCUCCAUACACAUCGAGCCCGCGGGCCGGAGCACUAUGCUGCGACAAAGCUCUCAGCAACAUAUGAGCGUAGAAUAAACUGUCUGUCGUCACUGAGUUCUGCUGCAUCGCUCUAGCACAGCACACAAUAGCGACCUCCACAGUGCACACGUAGAGUUCGUACUGAGUAUCUAGGACUGUGUUUUGAACCGCAGAUAGAUCCACGCGGAUCCGACUGCGAGCCGAACUGUGUUGCGAAUUUCGAUUAAAUGUAGCCAUGGUUUGGAUCGCGGUCCAGUCUGAGAUUCCGUGCUCACAGCCAUCUGAACUCGACGAUAUCAUCGCGAGACGUGACGACUCCGUGACGUUAUACUCGUCCAGAGUCACUCGUCGUAUCGCCGCGAUAAUAUUGCUCUGUGUCCAUAGAGUUUGGUAUCGAAUUUGGUGGAACGGCGAGAUUAUUCAAAAA